AUGACCGAGGCCGCUGUCAAUUUUGCUGUGGAAACCAUUCGCAACCUGAUUGAAGAAACGAAGUUCUUACAUGUGGUUAGUGACCAAGUGGCGCAACUUCAAGAUGAGCAAAAGCAGAUGCGAUCGUUCUUAAAAGAUGCAGAUGCAAGGCAACAUGACGAGGAAACGGUUAAGGAGUGGAUUUCACAAGCUAGAGAUCUAGCUUAUGAGGUUGAUGACCUGUUUGAAAGCUAUGCUUUCAAAAUUGCGGGUCGCAGGAGGAAAGGCAUUCGAGGUAUCAUAAAGAUUUGUGUUUGUAUCCUGAAUGAGUGCUAUAAUAGGCACACCAUUCGAACAGGUACUCAAACGCUGAAAACCAAAAUCUCUCAUCUUACCAAAAGAUUUCGGGAUUAUGGGAUCAGAGUUAUGGAAAGACAGGAGGGUGCAAGUUCAUCGCAUCAACAAUUGAGGCGGACAUAUUCCCAUGUUGUCGAGGAUGACUUUGUUGGAUUGGAGGGUGAUGUCGAGAUGCUGGUAAAGCAUCUGGUGAGGGGAAGUGGUCAUGAGAUUGAUAAAUGCUUCAGUGUUGUCUCGAUCUGUGGGAUGGGGGGCUUAGGAAAGACAACUCUUGCCAGAAAGGUAUACAAUCACCCUCAAGUGAGGCGUUGCUUUGAUGACUUUGCUUGGAUAUGUGUAUCACAAACAUGGCAAAAGGAAGACGUUUUGCAACGGAUUUUGCUACGCCUAAUGCCAGAAGGGAGAGAAGAAAUACUGAAGUGGAAGGAUGAGGAGCUAGUCAGAAAUCUUUUCCAAAUCCAGCAAAAUAAAAAAUAUCUUAUAGUUCUUGAUGACAUUUGGUCUACAGAUGCUUGGGAAUGUAUAAAGCAUGCAUUUUCGAUUAGAAAGACCGGAAGCAAGAUCUUAGUUACCUCUCGCAAUAGAAAUGUGGUUUUGCAUAUUGGUCCAGAUGGUUUUCACCAUCAACUGCGCCUUUUAAGUUACACCGAAAGUUGGCAGCUGUUUCAGAGGAAAGCUUUAUGGGACAGAUUUAAUGGAGAACAUGAAGAUUUACAAAAAUUGGAAAAUUUAGGGAAGGAAAUGGUGAAAGCAUGUGGGGGUCUUCCAUUGGCUGUGAUAAUACUCGUCGGAACGCUUGCCACCAAGCAGAACUUGAAGGAAUGGGAAAGCGUGAACAACAACGUUAGAGCUUAUCUUGGAAGAGGAAAAAGCAUUAUGGAAGAAGGAAAUCUGCACAAGAUAUUAGCUUUAAGCUACAAUGACUUGCCCUACAAGUUGAAGCCUUGCUUCCUUUACCUAAGCAGAUAUAAGAAGACUAUGACAUAG